AUGUGGUUUCUACGUAGUCGAGUGUUUGGCGGAUCCGGAGAUCAGAGCGGCGGCAGGGAGAGAGGUGAGUUCUCACGGCCUAACUUUUCCCCGUCGGAUUUCUAGUCCCUCGAAUGUUUUCAGAAGAAAGCGACCCGUCUCGAAUGAUGGACACAUCAAACUACCCAACUCGAGGGGUAAGUACUCGGCUGAUAACUUUUCCUUCUUCUUCUCUCUUUUUGAUAACAUUGUGUGUUUCGUUUUUUCGUCCCCCCCCCCUCUAAACGUUUUCAACGAAACACCGUUGGCAUGUCCUGGAAACCCGUCACUUUGCCUCUUUUCCCUCUCUCUCUCUCUCUCUCUCUCUCCCCCAAGAGACUGUAAUUAUUCGUCUUUCUUGUUAUUCGAUUACCUCCCAAAUUGAUAGUUACUCGUGUGUUGUUGACAAGUUUUGCGUGUGUGUGUGUGUGUAAUAACUGAUGCGAAAUGGACGAGAAAACUCGCUGGCCACGCACUUUUUUGUUGAUAUUUUCAAUUCGAGCAACAGCGAAUGGCUCAACUUCUUUCUUUCUUCUUUUUGGUCAGAUUUAAGUGCAACUUUUCCUCUUCAAACUUCUCUAUAUUAACUGUUUCUAUCAAGCUCUUCUCAAAGGACCAUAGAACACUCCCUGUCCGAAUCCCAAGUCUCCAACAGGACAGCGAGCAGUUGUGGCCGUAGUCUAGAAAAGUUCUCGGCCAUAUUGUCGCCGCCACAAUCUUUGGGUCUUUAAAAAGAAAUGAGCAUCAAUUCACAGUGCAACGGAAUCAAAUUGUUAGCGCAGGGAAGAGUGUUCACACUUGAAUUUUCUAGACCACGGCCACAAUUCUGAGUAACUCUGACAAUAGUAGAUCAGUGAGACAGACACAUAAAUUCAGAGAGAACACGCAGUUUAUAGAGUUUAGGUUGGUUUACUGUAGUCCCACAUGAUGUAUUUGAAUCCGAUCGGAGCCAAACUUUGCAGGAUCGAUUGUCGUGAAACUUGAACCCAAAAUACUUCAGCCCAAGUCCAAGAAGCCUGUAAGCUUGGGUUUGAUCGGAUUUCUACAAACGGGCCAAGAGUUCAGCCUUUCCCUAUCCUCCUAAAAUCAAAAAGCCCACUUCCCCUUUCUGUUCAGGCCUGGCCAUCUAGGUAGUAAUAUGAUAACCCCCUGCAAACACGAAAAGUCAUGUGUCUCCUCCUCCUCCUCCUCCUCCUCUUCUCCGUCGAUUGGUCACCGCUGCAAUUCACCUGAAACACUUUGAGUACACUCAAUUCUUCAUUGUUACAAAAAGCGCUGACGGUUGACGGUCAUUGCCUGAAAGGAUUCAAAAGAAGGUCUUCGGGAGGUGUAAUAUGUACAUGACAAUGGCCGAGAGAACAAAGAGUACCGUAGUGCCAUAGAAAACUGCAAAGCAAGAAGCAAUGGCAAAAUUUCUAAAUAAAUGGAGACGUUUACUCCUAUUUGAGAUGAAUGAAAACGUCGGUUGAACUGGUUUUUCUCCGCCCGGCUGAUGGACACUUUUUGAGAGUGGAAACGGGUGAUAAGGCCAUAAAUAAUGAUCAGAGGUCGAUGGUGUCUCCUUUUUUGUGUGGUGUGUUCAGUCCUCUAGUCCAGUCGUUUCCUUCUAGAACAAGACGUUGGUGUUUGUUCGGUUCAGUUGAAAUUGCAAAGAUUUCCACAUGAAAAUUCGUUUUUUUUUUGUGUUCCCUCACGGGCGCCUCCUUUCUCCUUUCCAAAACAUUCAAGGUCUUCCCCCACUUCCUUUUCCUCUCGAACACCUUCCUCCUCGAAAGGUCGUGUCUUCCUCUUCUGCAAUUAGACCUCGAUGGGCUCCGCCCCCCCAUCAUCAUCAUUGUUACAACAACUGGAAGCUUCCCCCCCGCCACCGCGUUUGGCAGCUUGUCUCGAGGUCGGCGCCGCCCCUUUCCGAUCAUUUCUACUUCUUCUUCUCUCUUUCUUUCUCUUCCUCUCGCACAAACGUUCAAAUGUCAACUUCUGUUUGCUCUCUUUCUCUCUCUCUUUCUCUCGCUUUCCGCGCGGCGCUUGCGGAAAGGGCGCGGAAGGGCGCUUGGCACACACGCACGCGCCGUGCGGCAUAACGUGCUCUUUGAGCUGACUCACUUUUCAAAGUGUUCCUUCUUUCUCCUUUGCAAAAUGAUUCUUUCCGAAUUUCCAGUAGUAUCGCUUUAAAAUACACCAUUAUACGUCAAUUUCGAAAACUUCAUGUUUGGUGUCUUGAACUUUGAAGACUCUAAUUGCAUGUUUUUGAGAUCUGCUAGAUGGCCUAGAUUCCCAAAUCUUUCAGACCAGAUGGUAUUGUUGUUGCUUUGCUUUUCCGUUUCCCGCCACUACUACUACUAUGUUGUUGUUGUUGUUGUUGUUGUCACGGACGGCACGGAAUGAUCAAAUUGCAAACAAAAAAACGACGACCCGGGGCGGAUGAUGCCUCCCCCGAUCCGUUUGUCCGUCCUUGACGGCACGUGACGCACGUGAGAUAUCAGCAAGCGCCCGUAUUACUCACACGAACUUCCUUCUUUUUUCGGGUUUCCCAUCUCAUCUCAUCACUUUUUCAGCUAACUAUUUCGGGUAAUCAUCGUCUGUGGCCUAGCUUUUCGAGCGUGACCUAGGCUUCGCAUAGCACAAUCUCAUGACCAUAAUGGCCACCUAGAAGCCACCUGUCGUUAUGAAAUCGUGUGAUCUUCUCGAAAUUUUUCAUUUUCAACGAAACCAUGAUUCUAUUGUUGAGAAAAGAACGGUUGCCAAAUCGUAUUCGGUGAAAUGUGUUGAGCGCCCAAAAAACAGUGUCGUUCAGUAAACUCGACUAGACUUUUGUGCCUUUUUGUUUGUAAAAGAAAGCAACGUUUCUGCAGUCGACACUUUUUCGAAACCCGUAGUAGAAGUAGUAGUAGUAACACAUUGCCUACGCCGUCUAAAUCUCCAGCCGAUUCGUCAAAUCUCUCGUGUUGAUCCACCUCCACCCUCUCACGCACUCGCCCAUUCAAACAAAAAGGACCAUUGAUUUUUGAUUCUCUUCCUGUGUUCGCUUCGCUCUCACAAGACUCUUCUUCUUCUUCUUCUUCUUCUUCGUCAUCACUUGUGUGUAUGUGUGUGUGUGUGUGUGACAAAACGACGAAAGGGACGGACGGUUAGCUUUACCAGUGGGGUGGAGUUCGAGAGACUGCGGAAACGGGGCGAAAGUAGUAUAUUUGCCAACCGAACACCAUGUAUUUAUUUACCCCCUUUUCACUCUUUUUCUCUCGUUUCCCCCUCCCUCCCUCUGCUUUUCUCAACGAUUUUACCUACCGAAAUUGAGAAUCGAAACUCUCUAGGACACUGUGUUUUUGUUAUCCACAAGUGUGAGAGUACAAGUUCGCUCCCAAAGUACACUUAUUUUGUCGCCCUUUUUGGGGACGAUGACUAUGAUGAGGGUAACAGUCUGCCUCUUCUUCUUCUCUUUCAUUUUAUUGCUUCGUAUCAUUGAACUCUCAUCUACAUUCAAAUCGUUUGCAGCGAACAACAGCGACUUCUAUGAUGGGAGCUCGACAAUCGACGACGUCACAUCACGACACUUUCCAAGGUACGCCAUACUUUUUGAGCGAAAUGUUUUCUUGUCUCUUCUAUCUUCCAUGAUUGGUCAAACCGAUUGAGAAAUACUAUGAGAGAUAAAUUGUGAGCAUCGACAGAGUCUGCUCAAUAGCACAAAAGGCUUUUUUGAAGACGCCUCACUGUCCUAGUUAGGCUUUCAGAAUUGAAAACUCUGAAAGCCAUACCGGACAGCCACAUCGGCUCCAUCAAACAUUUUGCUGUGGCGGUUGCGUGCAUCAAGCCUGUCAGGUGAUAAGAACGCACUGAUAGGACGAGGACGUGUCCUCUCGGCUUCCCUUUGCACACUACGUGCCAUUUCCAAAUCAGUCAUAGAACACUCGAAGACUGUGAACACGGUUACAACAAUUGGGGCAAACGUUUGAUUGUAUAGUGUGGACGGAUUAUGGGGGGAUGAUCUGUACGUGGAAACUAAACUAAACCAUGUCCUCUUUCUCAUUUCUCUUUUUCUUUGUAGCUACUUAGUUUGUUUGCCUGGUCUUGGUGAUGGCCUAGGAUUUCUUCGGCCAAUGAACAUUUGACCUUGCGGAUAUUCAAAUCUUCUUAGCUGACUGACAAAACAACCUCCAAACGUCAAGAAGCCGAGCGAGUAGUUUAAAAAAUCUCAUCGUCAAAGUGGGCGUGGCCUAUUUUCAGAUUAGCAUCUGGGGUCGCUUUCACCAUCAGUUUCGAGUAGAUCGAAACGGAUCUUUUGGUGUACACUUUGCAUCUUUUUGAACUUCACAAUGUUCUCUUGAAUAUCUGUCGAUCCUCUUCCCAUUACCGUAGGUGUUCACUCCGAGUCCCUUCAACCAGUCGUUUCCAUUUUCCCAUUGCGAUGCCAUCAUCAAAACGAGAGGCAGGUCCAAUGCGAAUUGAGGAAGGUCGGCGAGCGAAUGAACACAGAGAGUGGCCCUUUGUGUCGAAGAAACGACGAUUGACGUGCGUCUGUCUAUCCACUAUUUUCGCUUUCGAACGAAUAGAGAUGAGAGAAUGAUGGCAUGGACACGCAUUUUACUGGUUUCCAGUAUCCCGUACAUUGCUCUCUUCGAUUCGGAUCUUUGAACCUUCUAGAACCGCUGCCGAUGAUCUUUUCUCUUUUCUGAUCCGUUGUCCCGAUCGUCUCUUGUCGCCGAUCACAAUUACAAGUUCUUCAUAGAAUUACAAAGCUGCGCUCAUUUGAACUCUGAUGAGCACAAGCCGCCGGCACUUUUUCCUUUUCGGCUCUGCGUUUCUGGAGCAUGCUCGGCCACUUUAUUAUGUCAUGUGCCACCCAUUUCGGACGCUUUUGCUCUUUUUCUCCUCUGGGGAGCUCACUUGCUGACUUCUGACUUAACCAACCCAAACUUUCAGUUUCGGCAGAAAGUCAAAAGACGGACGCGAAAAAAACUUUCGCCGUCCGAGAUUGUAUCUUUUUUCCAUCUUCUCAUCAUUUCACACUCGCUCACACAACCGAAAUAACCUGUUCUCCCAUCUUCAGUCACGUAUUAUUUACAAAAAAGUUAGCGAAUGACCUUGAAAACUGCCGAUCUCGUUCCGAUCUAGACCAGUCAAACAGCCGCCGACUUCCCCGUGUUUCUCAUUGGAAUUCCUGCAAAAAAGGGGCAAAUAGUGCCAAUUACCAUUGAGUGAAUGAAUAUAAUUGCAAAAGAGGGAGGAUAUGCGUGACUGUUAUCACACUUAUCCUCGCGCAACGCAACCGGUCUCCGCAAGCAACUUUAUUGCGUGCUAAUCACAAAUGCGGAAUGUUUUGACGCCUUUUUGUACUCCGCUUGUGAUCACAGAAUUUUUAUGUCUAAAAAUUGCACCAAAACAGUUUUUUUUGUCUGGAAAACAUCUGAAAAUAUCUAAAUUUUUUAAUUUCAGAAACGGUAGACAAUGAAAAGUACGCAAACACCGUUCAGACUUUGCUGGGCGCCAGUUUGUUUUUCGGUUUUUAUUCAUUAAUUCUAGCCGCGAAACCCGCACAUUUUCUUCACUUUUCCCACAAAAACAAGCGAAUUUUCACGUUUUCCUCCAAUUUUAACCCAGGGCGGUGCGAUUUUCAUGCAUUCUCCGAAAUGAAUCACUUCUCUUUGUCUUUUCCGUUUCCCUUGUCUUGUGCGGGUAACCGACCCUAUGCAUUACAUAAUGCCGGACUCUUUUCCGAAACAAAGGUGCAGAAUUUUAAGGCUUUUCUCUUUUUUGGUUUUUAGCAAAAAUGGAAGGAUAAGGAAGUUCUUGCCGCAAAAAAUCGAGUCGCUCAAAUGAGAAUAUUAUUUUUACGCAUCGAUAAGGCCAGUUAUGACUGGAUACAAUUGUGAAUUGACAACGAUAAUGAGAUAUGUUGAUGAAAAAGAAGGCAGGCCCGACUAGUUGUUUUCUGAUUUUAUCAAUCCUUUCGUCUGCUGCAUAUACGACUUUUUCGCUCAUGUUUUUGGUAGUUGGUAAAUAACUUUACGUUAGUUUUACCUGUUUUUCUAAAUUUCGGAUCAAAAUCAGUCACAUUCUCGCGAAACUUUAUAUUUCUGAGGCUGUAUUCGGUUAUACAAUCACUCGAAUUCUUUUCCUCCAAUUUCCGUCAAACCCGUUCCAUUUAACACUGUUCCACUAAUUUGGGAGAAAAGAAGUCGAGAAUCGGCAGAAAAGAUUGUAAACCUAAACUUGCGACAAGUUUCCUCCCCCCAAAGAUCCUGCACGGCUGAACUUUCUAGACAGUAUCUGUAUAAAUUUGCUGCUGAUCGCGGAAGAGCAAAAGUAUUUGCUCUAGACUCACGGGCUCACACACAGAAAUAGGAGUAGAGUAUUUCGGGAGUGCCUAGAGGGAAACGAGAGUUUCAAAGGAGACGGAGGGGAUAGGUGUGUAAUAAGUCAGGUUCGCCCCGUCGGAAAUGAUGAAAAAAGAAAGGGGAGGCGCGGGGUCGUUGCCCCGAGAGAGGAAUACAGUUUAAACACAGAGAUAUAGAUAGAAAAGAGUGGAAAGGAAGGGUUAGAUCGGAAAAGAAAAACGACGUUGAAAGAAGAACUGGUUGUUGAGAGCGUCGGUGGGGCGCUGCCAUUGCCCCUCGUCUCUCACCCCUCACAACCUUCAACCCGGCUGUCUUUCCUUACUUUUCGAAAACUUUCUCGGUUCCCCCACAGUCGGAGGAGUAGGCGGAAGUAUGAUGUCCUCGAAACCGUCGUCGAAUCACAUGAUGAUCGUCGUCUCGCAUCUGUUUGGCACUGUCCAAGUCUCGUCUGAAGACAUCAGAAGAAGCAGUUGUGGUCAGUUAACGUGCCGUUUUCUAAACUGUAUCUCUUUUUUAACUCUGUGUUGGCGCGCAGUCUGAUCACGUGUUUCCCAGCGGUAGUAGAAUCAUCUCUCGGCCGUCGCUAAUUAUUUUUGCGGUUUCUCUUUGCCUGCGCACCCGAUAAAACAAUUCGUGACUUCUUCAUCUCCAUCUUCUUGUUGAUCGUUGCGAGACGAAAACGACGACUUCUUCGAUCCUCUCUAUUCGGCUUAUCAUCAGCUUUGUUAAGUGGAAUUAGCUAAUCGAUCGGAAGAAUUUCCAUUUUCAACAUUUCUUUUUGUUCUCCCAUUCUUACAUUUUGAUCAUCGAACCUGUAAAUCUCAACCCAAAAAUAACCUUAAUUCAAUCGAAUUAAGAACCAUCUGAUGAAAAUUGCAAAGAUUAAACAUUAAAGUUUGACUCAAAUUGGAUUAGUCAAAAUGUUUCAGCCUUUUUGAAUUUAGAUCAUAGGUUAGCUAAACAUUUGUAAUCCGAUCUACAGUAUCUGCUCAUUGGCAAAAGGAUUCCAAGAAUCUAGACGAUAUUUGCCCUAGAACCUCGGAUAUCACGCUCUCACUUUUUCGAUGGCAUGUAACGUGAACUGUCUCUCUCUCGGCUCGGCUCCAGCUCAUUCGCGCACUCUCCUUUGCGCCACUUGAUCUAGACCCCCCCCCCCUCCGUUUCCACCCUCGCAAUUUCAUCUAUGACACGGGCGCGACAGACGGAAAGAGUUGAGACCUCCCCGCGCACGCAUUUCGCGCUUUUGUUCGUUUUGUUCGAAAUGUUCGACAUGGGCGCGUAAAAGAGGAGAGAGAAGCCAUCUCUCUCUCUCUCUCUCUCUCUCUCUCUCUUUCUGUCUGUUUCGCCAGUACAACAAUACCAAUAUGAUGGUGAUGGAGGGGAGGAAAUGGAAGGGAAACGGGACGGACGGGCGAAGAUCGGAAUUAUUUGUGUUUCUGCCUGCGAGGUUUUGUUCAGAUAUCGGCGCCGUUGGCAGUUGGACUGUUAGACUUGAUGGCUCUUUGUAGUGUUCCUUGGUCUUAAGAUUUUGAAGUUCUGUGGAUCUUCGUCAAAACUUUUUGUCUUCCUAUUUUGCUCCCUAAUCUCGAAUUCUAGACCUUCCAUGAGCUCCUAUUUCAGACCAAUCUUUGAAAAAGAAAAUAGUUUAGAGCUCGGCUCACCUGCGAUCCCAUUUCUGACUCAUCCCUCCUGCGCUUCAAACUUUCUCGCACUCUUUUCCGUCGCUCUUCACAGCACACCUCGUUUUCCGCUCUCCCGUAUAGAUAUGUACAGCAGUUUUAGCGGGGAAAAGCAACAUCUCUUUUGUCUUUUUCCCUCUUUUCCGCAUUUUUCCUUUUCUCGGAGCGUCAAGAAGAGAAUUUGGUUGUUUUUAAAGUUUCUGGACCCUUUUCUCCUCAUGCUCUCUGUUAUUUUUCCCUCUCCUUUAUUCUUAUUCGCUGCCCCAUCGUGAUUUUGUAAUUGUGCGCAGAAGGUCAUCCACCGCAAAGAUUCGCAAAAAGAAGGAGGCGAUCACGACCAUCAUGCUGGAUCCGGUCGGCCACUACCAUCCCGGUAUCGUUCACGUCGAUAACGUCUUCAUCGGGGAAGACGACGAAGCACUGUCGACGGACGUCGAAAUGUCGGCGGACGACACGGCCGACGAGAGUCAGAUGGCUCCGUUGCACGACGUGGCCAUGAUGAUGUUCGAGGACGGCAGCGAGCACGAGAGCAGCUUCGGAGGACCCGAUGACAACGAAGUGGACAGACUGACGACGUCGUCGUCGUCGGAUCGAUCCGUCGGCGGCGUCGAGGAUUGGGACAAUAGCAGUUGUGAGUAUGAACGCAAGCAAUUCGGGAUUAUUCUGUUGGGCUAAUAAUUGGAGCUCAUUUGAAGCUACAAUUCCUGAAUGCAUUUGUCCAAGAAAGUUAUGAUCUGUAUUACGGGUUUCGCACUAGUUCGCCUAGAAUCUCUAGAUCAUGCCUAACGAGUAAGCUGCAUUUUUAGCAGAAUUUCAGCUGCCUCAAGUUGACCAAAUUUGUUUUUCUCGUGCUCUUUCUCUCCCACCCGCAGUUUCCGUUAUCAAUUGCCCUAUCGGAAUCAGUUACCGCUCUACCAGUCACCGUUGUAAGCAAGUACGCAAGCGAAUGGUAGUACCUUGAAAUUUAAAAAUCAAAACAUUGUUUUCUGCCCCAAAAAUGACGAGUUUUUGAAUGUCUAGAAGUGAUAAGAGGAGGUAAACAUGUAAACAAACAUUUGCAAUCGCUUGUUAGCCGCCGGCCACUGGACAGUCCCUCUCCGUCUGUUCCGCACACCUGUGUGUCGAGAUUCACUUUCCCGGCCGGGCCUGUGCUAGGAGGAGGCUUGUCUUGCGAAUCGAACUACCGAAAUACAGGAGCGGCAGAGAGCGAAACAAGGCUUUCGCGCCCUCUCGAUUUCUGUAGUCUUGCACCACUUUGAUGAGGUCUGGUCCUCUUCUUUAGCUUCUUCGUUUCUACGUUUCGCUCCUCUUUCGCUUAUUCAUCGUUCUCUCGCUCGCCCUCCGCAUCUCUUCCGCGCGCGCGCGCUCAGGCCGAGAAAGCGAAACGAGACGCGAAAGUGCGCGGCGGCGGUGGUGGCGCGCGCGCAAGGCUUUCUUCUAUUCCUCCUCCUUAUUCUUCUCUUCUGGCUUUGGCUGCUGCUGCUGGUUGCGCCGACCGACGGACAGACGGACGAUCAAGCUGAGAGGCGCUUGGCAACACACACAGGAAGCUAUUGAUCCAUUCCAAUCGCUAUUCCUCUACCUUCUCUCUAAAAUUGCUUGUGUUCCAAAGCUCUAGACGCUUACUGACCUCUACUCGUCUCAGGGUCGUUCCCCGCCCGAUUCUGGGUCACUAGGAGACUUUCGCCUUCGAUUUCACAAAGUCUUCCUAUUCACCACUCUCCUUUUCAUAUUCUACUGCUUGGUUCGGAUUCGAACUCGAUUCCUACUAUUUCUAUUCUUAGUCUUCUCACUACUGGCUCCUACAAAAUGAGCAAGGACGCUGCUUUAAAAGCGGCUUCUGACGACGUUUCGCAUAGACUCAGAAGCUUGCGGCCGAGAAGAACGGAGACGUUGGAGAUGCUUCAGAUGCCGUCGACUUCGACGUCAACCCUGACUCGGCUGCCACCGCACAAGCGCGCUUCACACCCCAAUCCACUGAAGCGAUGUCAAAUUGAUAACCUGCCGCCGUUGGCGGAGCAAAAACGGCGACGGAGCGUGGACUCGGCGUCCUCAUCCGCCGCCCCAACACCUCCUUCCACUCCCGUUUCCACCUUCUCUGGUGGUGCCAGUAUCUCGGCGAGCUCAAGACAAGUGCCGGUGAUUGCCACCGAGCUGACGUCUCGUCUCAGCUCUCAAUUGCUGCAAGAUGUGGUCCAGUUGGCGUAUGCUCAAUCCACGAAUGAGCACCAGUUUACGAUCAAUGUCGCCUCACUAUUGUUUCAAUGUAUGACUGGGGGUACGGUUUUAUGCAUCUAUUUUUAUUCUGCUAGAGGCUUGAGGUCAUUCGUUUUAAAAAUUCGCAGUCCAGUUAUACAGUGGGGAUCCACUAGUGUAAUAUUUCCAUUGUCUCGACUGUUCUCGCCGCUACCAUGUCACGGCUUUUGGUACUGGUACAGUGUCUUUAACGAUUCCCCUUGUUGGUGAUCUUAUUAUUACAAAAUCGCGACGGCGUCGUAUUCACGUAGGCCCACCCAGACAGUACGAAAUGAUCCUCGAUCAGCGCCCCCGGGGGGAAAUGGGAACUGUAUCGAUGGCACUCACUCUUUUUUUUCGUCAUUCCUGCCUUCUUUGUGUGCUUGUGACAAACACACAUUUGAUCGAAUCCGCACCUCCACCGCAGUGAUGACGACGCGUCAGCAUGCGGAAAACAAACAUUUGUUUAUUUUUCCGGACGCUUUCCGCGCGGCAACAACUACGGCGCCUUUGGCAUGAUCCCUGGGGAAUACGGAAGAUCAGAAAAACAUUAAAAUGAUAGGAAGAGCAUGGUUUUAGGCAUAGUUGUAACCGGGUCGGGUCGAACCACAGGAAUUCACAAAGAUAGAACUCAUAGAGAAAAAAUUUGUUUUCUUGGAAUGUUAUCAAACGAUCCCGGUGACAACUGGUAUUAGGAGGUGAGAUUGAGAAUCAUGGAAGAGAAAAGAGAAAAUCAAAAAAUAUACUAGAAUCAUAUCAUUUCUUUGCAGUGUCGCCAUCGGAAGCAUGCUCCUCUAGCUCGUCGUCGUACCGCGUGCCGCCCGUCUCCGGCUCCUCUUCGUCCGCAGCCAACUCUUCCGGCGGCUCCGCGUCCGUCCAUCAUCACUCGUCGCUCUCAUCGCGGACGAUUGGGGCGCGUGAACGAAAGAGUUACACGUCGGGCUCGGGGCGAUCGGCGCCGAUGCGCAGCCAGUCGCCAGCCAACCCCAGUUCAGUGGUGAGUAUUUCCAACAGAAAAAGAGCGUCCUUUCUUUCUCCCCAAUAUCAUCCGUUCAAAAAACAAUCAAUUUUGUUUGAGUAGAAACCAAAGGUGUCACCGACAAACACUCGCUUGUUUUUGUGGUGGUGAUUACCCGAUAAUGAUGAUGAUUGUUGAAAUUGAAAGAGUACAAACACACACAUAUAUCGAUAACGAUGGGUCGACUGACUCGCUCAGCUGAGAGGGGGAGAGAGAGUGGCCAAAACGUUUUCUUUUUUUGCGAUGAAGACGUUGGGUGAUGGUGGCGGCAUCGGCCAGUUGAUAAGGGAAGGAAGGAGCGAGAGGCAGAGGGGGAACUUGUUUUUGACACCCAUUCUCACUCUCUUCCUUGAUCUUUUGCUUCUUCUUUUUCGUCUUCCUCUCCUUCGUCGUCGAGACUGAAGAAGAAGCAUCUUCUCUAAUUGACUAACUUACUGUAUGGCCAGUUAUUUUUAUUUUCCCCCUUCAUGUAUCGAUCGGUCUAUUUUUCGAUUUUGAGGCGAUGAUAAGAACACCGCGAUUAGAUUGUGCGAAAAGAGCACUUGAAUUAUGAAUUUUUUGUGUUUUUCGAGUCCAAACCAUCAAUUUUCAGAUAAGCGGAAUGGACGAUCUGCUGCGACCGGAGCGCUUCGACCGAAUCAUGCACACGCCGCCGCCGGAUCAGUACACACAGGAGCAGCACUCGUGGAACCCCGAAGACCGAUCUCUGAACAUAUUCGUGAAGGACGAGGACAAGUUCACAUUCCACCGCCAUCCGGUCGCGCAGAGCACGGAUUGCAUUCGCGGCAAAGUCGGCUACAGUCGGGGAUUCCACGUGUGGCAGAUCGAAUGGCCCGAACGGCAGCGGGGAACUCACGCGGUCGUGGGCGUAGCCACCAAAACGGCACCGCUUCACGCCACCGGGUACACGGCGCUGAUUGGCACGACGAACGAGAGCUACGGAUGGGAUAUCAGUGAGUGUUUGUGUGAUUUUGGUAUAAAGCAACUAUUUGAAAUUUCAGCGAGAAGAGAAUGUCACCACGACUCGAAGCACACACUAACAUGGAAAUAUCCGUUCAACGGCGCCCGUGAGCACUACCACGUUCCGGAUAAGGUAAAUUCAUUCAUUCACACGAAUUCUCAAUUCCACUUUCUUAGUUCUACUGCAUUCUGGACAUGGACGAAGGAUACAUGGCGUUUGCCACCGACGAUGAAUACUUGGGUGUCGCAUUCCGCAACCUGAAGGGAAAAACGUUGUACCCAAUCGUGGCGGCCGUGUGGGGACACUGCGAGAUCAGCAUGCGAUACCUGGGAUCUCUUGAACGUGAGCUCAUUUCAUUCUUCUCUUCUUCCUCCCCGCCGCCUUCUACUCAAUCAACACCACAACGAAGAGCUCCGCCGCGCCGCCCGUCUCCGCCCCGCCCACUCUUCUACUCGCCCCUCUAUAAAUCGCCCCCUUCUCGAGCCCUCAGCUCUUCUCCGGCACUCAUCACCGCUGCCGCUCAUUCUCCUGUUCUCCCGUUCUCUCCUUUCUCGGAUCUCGCCAAAAUAUUCUCGUUUUAUGACUUGCAAGCAGGCGGCGGCUCCAGUUCUUCGAGCUCUUACUCUCUUUUCGAACCGCCCGCCGAAUGGCAAAAGUUCGACGAAACGGGGGAUUCGCCGAAGCACAGGGCUCAUUCGGUGGACGUUCUGGAUGAGACUCCGUGUGCUCCGACGGCUCCCGACGUUCCGUCGCUCUACCUGCCGGCUCCACCGUCUGCGCGCGCUCCGAACGAACUCUUUGGGCCGCCGCUCACUCCUGGAGAUCGUCCCCAGCCAAAACCAAAAGAAAAUGGGUUCAAUUUGUUGCUCUAGGGAGUACGGUAGUUUUGAGAAGUUACAAGUUAUAAUACUCCAAAACCUUGUUUCAUUCAUUCAUUUUGGCUGCUUCUGUCGCAUUCGCCCGCCCGUCUUUCGAACCGUACCUUUAUCGUGAUACUUUUUGUUCUGGUCCCGACUUCAUUAAAAUCAUUAUUCUUGUGGUGUUGCUCUGAGAACAUUCCGGAAACCAGUCCCCCGAGUAGAUCCCCUCUCCCGAAUCGAUAUAACGUGUUUUGUUCUUGCAGCCGAACCGCUAUCGUUGUCCGAAUUGUGUCGACGUCGCGUGCGCAUCGAGCUAGGACCGCAACCUGAAGAGCACAUUGAGCAGCUGAUGUUGCCGCCGAUCCUCAAGAGAUAUCUCAUGUACCAGUGCUGA